AUGGCAUUCGCCGGCGCAACGGCGCCUGGCAUUGAGCGCCAGCGGUCGCCCGUCGGCUUGACACUCAACCUUUCCUCCAACAAUCCCUUUCGCAACCGCACCACUUCGCCUUCGCCGCACAACAGCCCCUUCAGCGAGUCGCCCUCCAAGCAGCUGCGUCCAAUGUCGCGAAAUCCCUUCCUCGACACAAGCGAAUACAACACUGCGCCUGAUCGCGCAGAUGGAGUACUGAAUGGCAGGUCAAAUAAUGCGCACCCGAUCCCAGAGGACAUCUUUAACGAGCUCUCGCUACUGGAUAAGCCCAUGACCAACCAAGCUCCACGCGGCGCUCCUCCACGUUCUGGUCCCAUUCCACCACAGACUCAACGUCCUCUAGGCCUCGAACAACGCCGAGCACCCCCUCGACCAUCGCGUGGCCCAGACAGUCCAGGCAAGCGUGAUCCUAGGGCACCCAUGCAACUGCAGCGUCGAGCUUCAGAAUCCUCAGUCAUGGAGAAGGACCGACGACCACGAGUGGACCGGGAUAGAGCAGAUCGAUCAGAGCGAACAGAAUCGGAAGAGCGCAGACGGCGAGAGAGGCGGAAGGAACGCGAGGAGCGACACAGGCGUGAGAAGGAGAAGACAAGGACCGGCGACAAGAAGACUAGGAAGCCACAAGGCCUGGACCUCAUCGACAAGCUCGACGUGACUGGAAUCUACGGACAAGGAUUGUUCCACCACGAUGGUCCUUUCGACGCUUGCAACCCACACAGGAACGCGAAGAAGGAUCGCAAGGCGCCAAUGCAAGCAUUCCCUGCUGAUUCCGCUAACAUGCAGCUGGGAGGUGCUGGUCCACUGCGCUCUCGGCUCGAUCUCGACAAGUUCCACGGCCGUGGAGAAGAAGGGUUCACCGAAUUCGCGACAACCAGGAAGGCAGCUCCAGCAGCCACCAUCAUAGAUCCGAAGGGUGCAGAGUACGUUCACGGACCGGAAUCGAAUGGCCUCGGAACUUCAACAUUCCUCGACGGGGCGCCUGCUAGCAAAAGUGCCCUGCAACGACGAGAUUCUGAAGAUCCCGAACUGAACGGGUUUGGCACAUCGGGCGGUUUGUCCCGAAAGAAAUCACUUGCACACCGCUUCCGAGGAAUGUCUAACUCCCGACGACCUGCGCCAGGCGACAUUCGCAGCCCAGAUGCUCGAUAUGGUUCAGGAUCCAACGACCUCGAAAGCCCGGCACCGAGCUACCCAAUCAAGGCUAUCAGUGCUGGAGGCCCGCCAAGGGCAAGAUACAACAAAGAGAACGAAAUCAAUCCGUUCGAGAACGAUUAUGAGGCUGCCUUUGAGAAGAAAGGCACCCAGAUCAGAAUCGCCGAGCAAGAAGGUCCCUCGGCUGGCCGCCCACGUGCACCCAGCAGCCCCAAGCAGCACUUGGGCCUUUCGAGGAGCUUGACAUCCGACAACGGUGCAGCUCUGAAAGGCAGAAGCAGCAGCGGCGAGGAAGAGCGGCCGAGCGGAGGUUUCCUGAACCGUAUGAGGUCUCUCAAGGGCGGCCCAAGACGUCAACGGAACGAGGCAUAG